AUAAACAACCGACGGCCGAUGAGCGGACAUUAUAAAGUAUUUAGUAGUAUAGUACAUAACUAUUUAAUUCGUUAGUUAUUUACUACACACACAUUCUUAACGUUAUUUCUUAUUAGUUAAUUAAAAAUUGUAUAUUUUAUAAGAUUCCUUUUCGUAAGUACUCCAGGAAGUACACACGUUUCGAAACUUUUUUUCGGUUUAGCAUAAACUAAUAAAAUAUAUCAUCAACUGUCUGACCCUAGUUGAAAUUUCCAUUUUCGUACCGUUAGUUUUCUAUUUUUGAUUUGAUAUUGCUGCUGUAUUUUUUUUCAUUGAUUAUGUCAGAUACGAGUAACGUCAACAGGCUCGAAGAACUCGGCAAAAUGAAGGUCAACGAUUUGAAGAAAGAAUUGAAAGCAAGAGGCUUAAGUACUGUUGGAAACAAACAAGAACUCAUCGAUCGCAUGGUUAAUCAUUCAGAAUCUUCAGUUUUAGAUAUCGAGGACACAGUGCUGGAUGAGCACGACAUUCUAGAUGAAGAUGACGCCUUAGAAGAUGAUUUGGGAUACUCCGAUAUUGAUGAAUCAAAAGUUCUAGGUGAUAUUGCUGAGAAAGAAGAAAACAAUGUGGGAAAUGGCAAUAUUCAUGAAGAAAAAGAGGUUAAACAGGUAAUACAACCUAAAAAGGUAACAUUAAAGCGUACUUCUGUAACUGUGUUGAAUGGUGAUGGUAUUAAACCACAAGAAGAAGAGAAAAAAAUUGAAAAUAAUGAAGAAUCAGAUGUUAAGGACCGCAUCAUUAAAUUAGAUGAAGUUGAAACUAUGAGUCAAGUUGAGAGAAUACAAAUGAGAGCAAAGAAAUUUGGAGGUGAAGUAUCGGAGGACAAAAAAUUAGCCCGACUCAUUAAAUUUGGUGCUGUAACUGAUCAAAAACCAGUGGCCAAUGCUGAUAACGACAAAUUAAAAAUGAGAGCUGAGAGAUUUGGUGAAACUGUUUCAAAAACUUUACACGAUAGUGAAAAAGAAGACAAACUUAAAGCACGUGAGCUUCGCUUUGGUUCAAUUGACAAAACUGUAUUAACAGCUAUUAAAAAACGUACUAAUGGCGAUGUUGGAAAACAGAGGAAUUCUCGAGGCGGUAAAAGAAGUUUCCCAUAUAAAAAACGGUAUUAAUAUUUACUUUAGUAAUGUAUUUACAAACUGACUGUAUAUUAAUUUUUUUUUAUAUUGACUCCCAUUAUAAUCAACAAAUUCCCUUUAAGUUUUUAUCUGUAUCAAAAUUGUUAUUAGUAGCGUAUCCGGAUUUAUUAUUACGAAAUAAAUUAAAGGAAUUUGUACAUUCCUUUAUUAAUCUGAAAACAUUUAAAUUAAUUUAGUUUUACUAUACAAUAAAAUAAAUUUCUUUAUGUGUGUUUAAAAUACUCAAAUUUUAGUAAAAAAUAAAAAAAAAUAUAUAUAAAUGA